AUAAUUAUAAAUGAGACCUCAACACUACACUAUCAUGCUAAAGCUAGAUUUGCUGGUAAAUAUCACAAAUGGGCCAAAGACAAUGCCUUCCUGUCCAAAUUGCCAGGUGAUAUUGCUGCAGAGAAAAUGAAAGCUGCACGAGCACAGGAGAUACUCAAUGUACAUAUGACUGAGCACAAGUUGUUGGAGCAUGUUGUUCCUUACUCCGACCAGCUUUUCAGAAAGGCAGCAAUCAAGUGGCUCAUUGCUAUGGAUCAGCCCAUUCAGGCUCUCAAACACCUGAGAUUCAAAGAGAUGGUAGACAUUGCCUCAUGUGCUACACAGGGUGUCAAAAUUCCAGGCCACAAAGCAACCUGCACUGAAAUUAUGCAUCUGUUCAAGAGCCAUCUCACCAAACUCAGAAAGAAGUUAAAUGUACAUUGUCAUUCUUUGCACUAUUGUCUGUUAUGA